GUCCAGUUCCUACUGGCACAUGGCAGCGGUGCGUACUGGAGAGUAGCUUCUCACAGAGGCUAAGCAGGGUUAAUCCAAUGAAGGAACAGAGUGUAAACCAGCGUGUUCCCCUUUACUCCAUUUUAUUUGCCUAUCUGAAAUGUAUAGGGUAGCUUAUAUGUUCGGAUGUAUACUUUUUUUUUUUUUAAAUAGCAGUGGAGAUGAGAGGAAAACUUAAAGUAUGGCCAUCUUAACAGAGAGUGAAACUUGAUUCAGGAAAAAAGGAAAUAUCAUCCCUCUGCUGAAUUUAUUUGCUGUCAGGAGGACAUAACAGAGAAUAACACGGCUGCUGUGAGGGCACCAGAAGGACACACUGUUUUAUAUUUAGACAACCAGACACACGGCGAUAACAUUUCAGACUGUGCCAGGACCUGAUUGUAUCCUGCAACAUAAAUACUCUCGUGGAAUAACUUAUUUGGCCCAAAAUUAAGAGAAUAAUUUCGUGUCUGGAUGCAUUUUUGUCUCCCCUCCUCUCUCGAUCUCCUCCCUCUCUCCACAUCUCCUCCUCUUUCUCCGGGGAAUCUAGUCGGAUCCAGUCUUGAGGGGGGAAGCGAGCUUCUUGGUGCGAGAUAAUCGGCACAUGAUGUGAGUUAAUGAGGCGGAGAUGCUGGGUGACAAACUCAGACGCGCUCCGCUCCAGCGACGACAGGUGCGCACCAAGUGAGCGGCGGGAGGACAAGACGGAGGAGUCGAGACAGAGUGCAGGAGUCGACGGGAGGGAGAGGUGGAAAGUCACCGGACCAGGAAGGAGAUAAAGCAUAAACCACCCCCGAAGGUUCUCGCUAUGGAAACCGGGCAAAGCGCGCAGGUGGCCGACAUGGGAGGGGAGCACUCCGCCGGGUUGAGCGUGGACAGGGACCGGGAGAGGGGCGAGGUGUCCAGCCCCAGUCCGCCGUUCAAGCAGCGCUCCCUGCGGGUCGUCUACGUCCUGAACGACGGGCUGAAGUCGGUGAUGGCCAGCAGCCCGGAGUCCGGAGCGCUGCAGUGUCUGCAGAGAGCCUGCGACGCAGAGAGCGCCCUGCUCACCACAGUCACCUUCGGGAGGCUGGACUUUGGAGAAACGUCGGUGCUGGACAGUUUCUACGAUGCAGAUAUCGCCGUUGUGGAUAUGAGCGACGUGUUUCGGCAGCCCUCCCUGUUUUACCACCUCGGCGUGAGGGAGAGCUUCGACAUGGCCAACAAUGUCAUCCUAUACCAUGACACUGACCCCGACACUGCCCAGUCACUGAAGGACAUGGUGGUGCAGAAAAACACAGCCGCUCGUCCUCCAGCAUUAGGCUUUCCCUGGGUUCUGUUGCCUCCAGAGUAUAGAGGCUCUGGAUUGCGCAACAAAGCAUCCAGUGGUAACUACUAUUUCAUCCCCUACAUAGUGACUCCUAACCAUGAGUAUAUGUGCUGUGAGAGUGACGCCCAGCGCAGGGCCAGUGAGUACAUGCAGCCCAGCUGGGACAACCUGCUGGGGCCGCUCUGUGUUCCCCUGACCGACCGCUUCACCAGCCUGCUGAAGGACAUCCAUGUCACAUCCUGCGCCUCCUUUAAGGACACCCUGCUGAACGACAUCAGGAAGGCCAGGGAGAAAUAUCAGGGAGAGGAGCUGGCCAAAGAGCUUUCCCGCAUCAAACUCCGAAUCGACAACACAGAGGUCCUCACACAGGACAUUGUCAUGAACCUGCUGUUUUCCUACAGAGACAUACAGGACUAUGAUGCCAUGGUGAAGCUGGUGCAAACCCUGGAAAUGCUGCCGACUUGUGAUCUGGCGACGCAGCCCAUGAUCCAGUUCCACUAUGCCUUCGCUCUCAACAGGAGAAACAGUCCUGGAGACAGGGAGCAGGCUCUGAGAGUGAUGCUACAGGUGCUACAGUCAUGUGAACACCCGGCACCGGACAUGUUCUGUCUCUGUGGACGAAUAUAUAAGGACAUCUUUCUGGACUCAGACUGCAAAGACACUAAAAACAGAGAUAACGCCAUACAGUGGUACAGGAAGGGUUUUGAGCUGCAGCCCACUCUUUACUCCGGUAUCAAUCUGGCGGUCCUGCUCAUAGUUGCUGGCCAACAGUUUGAGAGCUCAAUUGAACUGAGGAAAAUAGGUGUGAGGUUGAACAGUCUGCUGGGGCGCAAAGGUUCCCUGGAAAAAAUGAAUAACUACUGGGACGUGGGACAGUUCUUCACCGUUAGCAUGCUAGCUAACGACAUCCCCAAAGCUACUCAGGCUGCCGAGAAGCUCUUCAAACUGAAGCCACCUCUCUGGUAUUUGCGGUCGGUGGUGCAGAACCUGCAGCUGAUCCAGAGGUUUAAGAAGCAGACGGUGGAGCACUCCCCUCAGCGGGACAGACUCAUCUUCUGGAUGGACAUCAUCGUGGAGGCCACACAGCGCACCACCAAUCGACUGCGGUUUCCAGUGUUGAUUCUGGAGCCGACGAAGGUGUACCAGCCCUCCUAUGUGUCCAUUAACAACGAGGCAGAAGAGAAGAACGUCUCUAUCUGGCAUGUUUCUCCUGCUGAAACGAAAGGGAUCCACGAGUGGAACUUCACUGCCAUGUCCAUUAAAGGCAUUAGCAUCAGUAAGUUUGACGAGCGUUGCUGCUUCCUCUACGUCCACGACAACUCCGAUGACUUCCAGAUCUACUACUCCACUGAGGAGCAGUGCGGUCGGUUCUGCUCCAUGGUGAAAGAGAUGAUAUCUGAUGGCACAGGAAACGCAGUGGAGCUGGAAGGGGAGGGAGAUGCAGAUACACUGGAGUAUGAGUAUGACACCAAUGAGACAGGAGACAGGGUGGUGUUGGGGCGAGGAACCUAUGGAGUGGUGUAUGCUGGGAGAGACCUCAGCAACCAGGUCCGAAUCGCCAUCAAAGAGAUCCCUGAGAGAGACAGCAGGUACUCUCAGCCCCUUCAUGAGGAGAUCGCCCUGCACAAGUACCUGAAGCACAGGAACAUCGUUCAGUACCUGGGCUCUGUUUCUGAGAACGGAUACAUCAAGAUCUUCAUGGAACAAGUGCCUGGAGGAAGCCUGUCCGCGUUGCUGCGCUCUAAAUGGGGUCCGCUGAAAGAGGCGACCAUAAUCUUCUACACCAGACAGAUCCUGGAGGGGCUGCGAUACCUGCACGAGAACCAGAUCGUCCACCGAGACAUCAAGGGCGAUAAUGUCUUGGUGAACACCUACAGUGGCGUCUUGAAGAUCUCAGACUUUGGCACCUCUAAGCGUUUGGCAGGAGUCAACCCCUGUACGGAAACAUUCACCGGUACUCUGCAGUACAUGGCGCCAGAGAUCAUUGAUAAAGGCCCUCGAGGGUACGGGGCCCCGGCUGACAUCUGGUCGCUGGGAUGUACCAUCAUAGAAAUGGCCACCGGGAAACCCCCCUUUCAUGAGUUGGGGGAACCACAGGCAGCCAUGUUUAAGGUGGGUAUGUUCAAGAUCCACCCGGAGAUCCCCGAGUCUUUGUCGCUGGAGGCCAAGUCGUUCAUCCUGCGCUGCUUCGAGCCCGAUCCUCACAAGAGAGCCAUCGCCUCCGACCUGCUCCGAGACACUUUCGUGCGACACAACACCAAGGGCAAGAAGAGCAAGAUCGCCUUCAAGCCAUCCGACUACAUCCACAGCGUUUCCCUGCCGGUGCAGCUGCAGUGCGAAGCCACCGGGAGCAGCAGCAGCGAACACGGCUCCGUGAGCCCGGACUGCGACUCCAAACACGACGUCUUCUUCCAGAAGAAGAAAAGCUCCGGGUCCGAGAACCUGCUCAAACCCCCCAACUCCAACUACCUGAGUGUGCCAGACGAGGGUUCGGUGUCGGAGGACCGCAGUGCCCCCCCCUCCCCUGAGGACAGGGACGGCGGCCUGUUCCUGCUGAAGAAGGACAGCGAGAGACGGGCCAUUCUGUACAAGGUCCUCAACGACGACCAAGAAAAGGUCAUCUCCAAUCUGAAGGAGAACCACAUCCAGGGCAGUGAGGAGCUCCAGCUCUCUGUCGACCACAUCAAGCAGAUCAUCUGCAUCCUUCGAGACUUCAUCCAUUCCCCAGAGAGGCGCGUCAUGGCGGCCACCAUCUCCAAACUCAAGCUGGACCUGGACUUCGACUCCACCUCCAUCAACCAGAUCCAGCUGGUGCUCUUUGGCUUCCAGGACUCGGUCAGCGCACACAUAGUGCACACACAGCUGGAAGUUCACAUACAGACUCAUACAGUUCAGUAUAUACUACAGAAUACUACAGAACAGCCGGACAGUGCAGAAAUGGUGAACAAGGUCCUGAGGAAUCAACACAUCAAACCCCACUGGAUGUUUGCCAUGGAUAACAUCAUCCGGCGAGCCGUGCAGGCAGCCAUCACCAUCCUCAUACCAGAGCUACAGACCCACUUCGGCCCGGCAUCAGAGUGCGAGGGAGCGGAGAAAGAAGACGAGGUGGACGAGGAGGAAGCGGAGUUCGGCCCCGUUCUGGCUCCUCACGCUGACGACCCGGGCACGACGGCCGACCCCGCCCACUCUUCGGUCAGCGCGCUAAACUCCGCCCACUCCCAGGAUCACCAGCGCUCACAUCACCACCUGGGAGCUCAGCUGGGACGGCUCAAACAGGAGACGAACAGGCUGCUGGAGGAGCUGCUGCAGAAGGAGAAGGAGUACCAGCAGGUCCUGAAGGCCACGCUGCAGCAGAGAACACACGACCUGGAGCUGGUCAGAGUCAAACACAGAUCACCAGACAUUUCACCUCCCUCCAUCUUCCACAUCCCAGCAGACCACGAGCCGGACAAGCAGCUCACCGACUGGCUGAAGGAGCAGGGGGCGGACGCUGACACCAUAGACAAGUUUGUGCUGGAGGAAUACACGCUGACCGACAUUCUCAAUGACGUCACCAGAGACGACCUCCGCUGUCUACGUCUACGGGGCGGAGUCCUCUGCCGCAUCUGGCGAGCCAUCCAGCGGCACCGAGAGCGAGAGAGGCUGACGAGCGGCACGCGCUCGGAAGAUGAGGCGUGAUGGCACACACACGGACUACAACUCUGGAAGACUGUUUUGUGGAAACAGGCACAUCCACACACACCACCAGCCCUGCAUGGCUACGCCUCUCUUCCUCCACUGUGCCUUUUCUCGUGCUAUAUUCUCUGCGUCGCAUGCACAGGACUGACGGAGUCUUUUGCUCGUCUGUGCAUCUCCAUACAGAGUCACACUUGACCAGACCAAAGCGCUUUAGUGCAGGCACUACUUUAUGUAUCUUUAUGUGCACUUAAAUGUGUAUUUGUGCCACAAUAUGAGCUUGUGUUUGAGGAUUUUUGAAGAAAAUUUGCAUCUUAGCAAAUGAGGAAUCCACCAUCACUUUCUUUUUAUGUAUGAGAUACCAGAUGUGGACUUGAAAGGUGGCCAUGAAAGUUUUGUGUCUUGAUCCUUUGCAGAGAACACAGGUUUUCACAGCAGAAAACAGUAUUUAAAAUAUCCAUUAAAACUUUUCCCAAACUCUCCUGUAACAUAAAUGCAUUUCUGUGCCCGAUUUAUUUGUUCCUAAACCUUCUGGUUCCCGACCCCUUAAAAUGAAGCAAUUCUCUAUGUAGUAUCACAUGUUAUGGCCUUAAUGUGUACAGCAGUUCAACCAAAAAAUUCAUUUUUUCUUCUUCUUUCUUCUCAACAUGAAGGAUUUUUUUAGAGGCUUGAAGGGCUAAAUAUGUGUGUUUCACAAAAUUGUCUUAUCGUUUUAAUCGAUCCACCUCACUCCUCUCAUGACUAGUAUGUAUGACUAUACUUCCUGCACUGUUCGGAACUGCUCUAAACUUGCUGAUUAUGUUGCAGAAGUGAUUUGAAAAGUUUUUUUUAUAAAUGGUUUGAUGCGUUUUUUGUCGCCUUGAAAACUUUGGUCACUCUUGGUCUCGUUGAAUCAGAGCUGAUCACAACCUGUGUCAAGAAGCAAACUGCUUUUUUUUUUUUUUUUUUGGAUUUGCCGCCAAAUUUCCUCAAACUCUUCUAGUUUCAGGUUGAAACCUUUCAUCAUUUACUGGAUAAUUAUUGUGCAAACAGGGAUACACAAGCUAAUGCACAUACUACCUGUGUCAGCUGAUGCCUUAAGUUUUGUAAAGUAAAAAAUAAUGUAGCCACACUGACUUACUGAAACGUGCACACAUCAUGACUGCCGUUAUUUAUUAGCUGUGUCAGAUUUCCUUUACAUUCUGGAUGAGGUAGCUGUUAUUUUCUUCUGUGUGUACCUGUAUUUAAAUGUUUUUUCUUUUUUGUUUUUUUUAAUUUUAUUCCAGCUAUGACAUGUAUGUAUGUGCUUGUCUGUUUCCUGGUUGCUUUACAACCGCAAUAAAAAAAUAAUGGAACUGGUA